AUGGCGACGUACUUCUUCGUACAGCUAUGGCACGCCACCAUCCUCCCGCUCCUCUCAUCCUUCCUCCCCUUGGACCUUCUCCUCCCCGGCAAGUCCCUCCUUCCGCCGCUCCUGCACUCCGCAAUGCCGCUGCUCGCGCGCGCGCACCAGCAGCUGCACGAAAUCGGGGAAGCGUAUAGCGCGGUGCCGUACGAUCUGAUCGUGGCGGGGAAGGCCCUCGCCACGUCGGCGAUCGUGAGGGGGGUUCCGGCGGUGCGACGCCAUUGGCUGCUGAGCUUCUGGGCGUCGUUCCUAUUGGCUUACGGCGACUACUCCCUGCCCUCGCUCGUCUUGCAGGUGCCUUAUCCUUCUGCUGCUCGUCUGUCUGCGUGCUUGCAUUUGCCUAGAGAGGUGCACCCAUUGCAUGCUCCUUCACUCCAUUGCUCUCUAGUCUCGUGGUUGAUCAGCUACUGUCCGCGUGACAUGGGCUACAAGGCGUUCAAGCUCAAGCCCAUCAAGGAAUUUUUGUGUGAAGGGUGCAACAUUCAUGGCGGGUGCAACAUGCAUGACGGGCGCAAGAUGCAUGGCGGGUGCAAGAUGCAUGGCGGGCGCAAGAUGCAUGGCGGGAACAAGAUGCAUGGCGGGUGCAAGAUGCAUGGCGGGUACAAGAUGCAUGGCGGGUGCAAGAUGCAUGGCGGGUGCAAGAUGCAUGGCGGGUGCAACAUGUAUGGCGGGUGCAAGAUGCAUGGCGGGUGCGAGAUGCAUGGCGGGCGCAAGAUGCAUGGCGGGCGCAAGAUGCAUGGCGGGUGCAAGAUGCAUGGCGGGCGCAAGAUGCAUGGCGGGUGCAACAUGUAUGGCGGGUGCAAGAUGCAUGGCGGGUGCGAGAUGCAUGGCGGGUGCGAGAUGCAUGGCGAGCGCAAGAUGCAUGGCGGGCGCAAGAUGCAUGGCGGGCGCAAGAUGCAUGGCGGGCGCAAGAUGCAUGGCGGGCGCAAGAUGCAUGGCGGGCGCAAGAUGCAUGGCGGGCUCAAGAUGCAUGGCGGGCGCAAGAUGCAUGGCGGGCGCAAGAUGCAUGGCGGGUGCGAGAUGCAUGGCGGGCGCGAGAUGCAUGGCGGGCGCCAGAUGCAUGGCGGGCGCAAGAUGCAUGGCGGGCCCAAGAUGCAUGGCGGGCGCAAGUUGCAUGGCGGGCGCAAGAUGCAUGGCGGGCACAAGAUGCAUGGCGGGUGCGAGAUGCAUGGCGGGUGCGAGAUGCAUGGCGGGCGCAAGAUGCAUGGUGGGCGCAAGAUGCAUGGCGGGCGCAAGAUGCAUGGCGGGCGCGAGAUGCAUGGCGGGUGCGAGAUGCAUGGCGGGUGCGAGAUGCAUGGCGGGUGCGAGAUGCAUGGCGGGCGCAAGAUGCAUGGCGGGCGCAAGAUGCAUGGCGGGCGCAAGAUGCAUGGCGGGCGCAAGAUGCAUGGCGGGUGCAAGAUGCAUGGCGGGCGCAAGAUGCAUGGCGGGCACAAGAUGCAUGGCGGGUGCGAGAUGCAUGGCGGGUGCGAGAUGCAUGGCGGGCGCAAAAUGCAUGGCGGGCGCAAGAUGCAUGGCGGGCGCAAGAUGCAUGGCGGGCGCGAGAUGCAUGGCGGGCGCGAGAUGCAUGGCGGGCGCAAGAUGUAUGGCGGGCGCAAGAUGCAUGGCGGGUGA